AUGUAUUACCCACAACUGUUAUCGGCUUUCCCUGUCACAGGAUUAACUGUCGAAGAGGUGAACUGGCCACUGUUUGUGUUCCGGGUCAUUCAGGGGAUAGGUUUGGUGCCGGUUGGUCUGCUGUUGGAUUAUACCGGUGCUCGCAAACCAAUCGUAUUUGCUCUUACCCUGGCAGCAAUGCUUUCGUUUGGACUGCCCAUGUCACAGAAUAUCUACCAGAUUGUGGGACUGAUGUGCGUCUACUCCGGCACGGUCUUGUUCGGCGGCCUGCCCUCCUUUCUAAAAAUAGCUUCAUCGUGGUUCUCCGAUUCGUUCGGGGUGGCGUCAUCGAUCAUUAUCUCUGGCUUUUCAUUGGCUGGUUUUAUCACUCCUUUGAUGCUGGGUACGUUGGCCACUCGGUAUGGGUGGCGCACAGCACUGCUCACUAUAGACUGUAUAUUCUUUCUGGUAGGAUUGCCAUUGGCUUUACUGUUGGUCAGACCCAAUACCCGUCCAGAGUUAGUACAUUCGUAUAAAACACCUGCCAGCUCCCGUACUGGAGAUAGGCAUGCGUCUGGUGUUGGUUAUAGUGUCGAUGCACAUAGCAAAGAACCGGGCGGGAGUACGGAAACGGACACCAACACGAACAUGGAAACAGACAGAGACAGACGCGUUGUGCACAAUCGCAUGGAGGAAGAAACUAUCGAUGCCCAGACCUUCGCCCAUGCGCAAUCCAAUAAGAGAGCGUUGUACGGGUUUAGUCUGCGGGGUUGGCGCUCGGUCGAAAACUGCAACGUGGGCGAUGUUGGAGGAUUGGAGAUACGUGAGCAGUCGCCUUUGGCCGCUACAGAUCGGCACGGUCACACAACAGGCGGUAGGGGAAGCGUUCAUAAAAAGCCGAUGGAGCCAGGUGAUACGGGUAUUGCUGGGAAUCUGAAUGUAGAUGUAGAAGAAGGGGGAUUGGAUAGGAAUGGACGUGUACGUAGAGGAAACACUUCAGACACCGGCUUGAUGGGUAACGUGGGGGAAGAUUUGAACUCGCUAAAGGCACGAGAGAACUGGAGGUGUACUGUGCAGGAGUAUCCACACGACCUGUACACGGAAGAGGAAAGUGAACCACGUCACCGCCCACCAACCCAAGCAGACUCAUCGCCCACAUUCCUACAGUCACCCACGCACAGGCACACACACACGCGGCCUCACACAGCACACAGCCAGACCAUUUGGCAGCGACUGAGGGGGUUGCUGCAGCUACCGUUUGUGUAUCUGAUACUGGGUAUGGCGUCUCAGAGCGUGGCCGUGCACGUCGUGUUCGACCACAUCACAAUGUACACCCACGAAGACCUCCACAUGGACCUCGAAGUGGCGGCCAGAUAUAUCGCGGUAGUAAGCCUGUUUGCCGUGUUCGCCAAGCUGGGCUCCGGGCUAUUGACCAAGCAGUACUGCCACUACACACUCAUGGUGGCCUUUGCCUGUGUGUUCACGUCGGGGUUUGCGUUGAUGUUUUCGGUCACGGCCACAGGCAACUCCGCUGAGCCGAAUGGCACCCACCCUGACACCAGUCAGGUUCAGGUGUGGCAUGUAUCGCUCACUGGGGAGAGUUGGAGACUGUAUCUGUGCAGUGUCAUGUUUGGCGUGGGCUAUGCCGGUGUGUUUGCGAUAACCACGGCGGUUCUACCAAGCAUGGGUGCUCAUACACUGGGCCUUCGAUCUAGUGUUAUGAUGGCUGUCAAGUUCACUAUGGGUGCGUUUGGGUCCAGUAUGGCGGCUACCUUACGGGAGAGGACCGGGAGUUAUAUGUCCAGUUUUGCGCUGGGACUAGGGGCGUCGAGUGUGUGUUUGUUGAUGAGUGUGUUGAGUUAUGUGGAGAAUAGGCGGCGUAGACGGACCCAUCGCGAAUAUGUGUUGGUGGGCAGUGAGGCAGAUAGUGAUCUCGACAGAUACAGGUAGUUCUAAAGUCCAGACAUGCGAGAGAUAGGAAUGCAAUUGGCAUGUAGCAUAUGACAUAUGCCAUGGCAAGUGAUAAUAACAUACAUAUGGGUGGCGUGAUGCGACGCAUAAACUGGUGACACAGUCGGUGACGGGGCACUGACGGAUGACAGUACAGGUGAUGAGGGUAGGCCCAAACAACAGAGUAUGACCCAAUAACGUACCAACAGGUGCCAUGAGAUGUCACAUCGGCGCAUGGUGCGUUGGUCGGUGACAUGUGGGCACAUACAGAUCACCACUUGGCCAACCACGGCUAACAACCACUCACAAAGGGAAAAGAAGGGGUGGUCAGUUUGGGAAUGUGGGGUAGAAAAGCAGUCGGUGAAAGUUCACUACUUAUGAGUAUAUAAGAUGGCUAUCUAACGAUAUAACCAAUCAAGAGCAGGCGCAGCAUCCCUUCUGCGAGCUGGCUGUAGUACUAGAGGGCCGAUUGUACAUUCUUGUCGGCAGGGAUAUACCCGUGAGAAUAUGGGCUCGUAAUUCCCGCAGAUGUGCUGGGAAGUGAGGUUUCGGGCCAGUUGCACGCUGGCUGUAGGGAUAGGUAUGAAUUAUGAAUUUGUCUGCAGCAAAACAUAGGUUGACCUAUGACCGCUAAAACUAAUCUAUAUAUAUGUCUAUAUACAUG